AUGAGGGAUCGAUGGGUUCAUCUCGAUGGUCGCUUCAGAGAACAGCUCGGGGAGCUCCCGAACGUGGCCCAACUGGCGGGCCUCAACGCCGUGCAGCUGAUCGGGCUCAUCGUCCAGGCGGCUAACACUGCCCGCUUGCACAGGAAGAACUGCCGGCAUUUCGCGCGGCACCUGAAGCUGAUCAGCGAGCCGCCGGAGCAGCUCAAGGUCUCGAGCGGCUUGAGGAUGCGCCACGGCGGUCCUACGUUCUGGCUGGACAGCUGCCAGAACCGGAGUUACCUCUACCUUCUUGCAAUGGCUCAGAAUGAGAUUGAUCGGUACCUCAAGAUUAUGUUUUUAGGCGGCGAAGAGAAACUUAUCCGACUUUUUCCCCUUCUUCAAGGAUGUUCUUUCGGCAUUCUAGUGCCAAAUCAAGAUUUACUGGACGGAGCAGCUCCUGGCCUCAAACCAUGGCAUGCUUCUGGGUCCAACUGCGAGCAGUGGAUUCGUAUCUUGAAGAGUCAUUCUUGCACAUAUGAGCAAUCUCAGGGACCAGUGGACCAUCAGGGUUUGGGUCUGCGAGCAAAGAACAUACGGAGAGUAACACCUGCAUCCAAUCCAUGUCGUAGAGAAGUUGAAUACAAUGUUAAAAUCCAGAUGUUCCCAUUGCUGUUGUUGUUUGGAUGGAAAACCUUCGUUUUGAAUGCUACUGCAUAUGCCAUAAUCUCAGUGAACAGAGGACUUCAUAUGAGUUUCGAGUGUUGCUGAUACCCUGGGAGGCUUGAAUGGAGAGUCUGGAGCGAAAUGAAUGGUGACAAGGAAGACUCCACCACAAUAAACUCAGUGAUCAUACUGCACUUAGCUUUCUGAUAGUUAAUAAAUUGAAGUUAUUUUGAUUCAAAUUUGGAAAAUUUGUACAGCAGUUUGUUUCAGUUGAGUUGCCCUGGGAAAAACUUGCAUUUCCAACUUUGUUACCUUUAUAAAUUAUGGGAACUAGUUGGGCUUCUAAUUAGGAGUAAAUUAGGCCCAGCACCAUGAAGGCUACCAUGACUACAGAAGUCGGAAAUUUUAACUGCAGAUUGCAGAAGCAAUCUUGAAUUGUGACCCGAAAACCCCAAUUAAACUAGAGCACCAGACUAUGAUGGAAAUUAUGACUGCUGAAGUCAGAAAUUUCGAGUGGAAUAAGUUGUGACUUGAAAAUUUAAGGAACCAACUUACCUGGUGGAGAGGAAUACAGGAACUAUAGUUUCAUGUUUAGGUAUUGACAAUUAUAGUUAGUGGCAAUUGGAAAUUAUAGUUUCAAUAUAUAUUGGCACAUAGUCGAAUAAUUGCUCAUAUAUGUUUAAUAUUCUUUUUGUCUGUUAUUGUUUUAUGAAGGGAUUUAGAUGCUGCAAGCAUCGAAAAAACAAAUGAGAAAUAUUAUUUUUUCAUAGUACCAAAUUAAAAAGGGACAAUAAUUAUAAGGUUGCUCCUUUGAACUGUGGUGCUACACUUAUUGAAGUUCCACGGUACCACUGCAAGCCUUGGUGUCAUGGUAAGGUUGCUCCUUUGAAUGUGGUGAGCAAAUUUUGAUCAUGAAAAUAACUUCGAUGCUUGUAGGGUGUAAAACUGGAUAUAUUGAUGCUUCCUAUACCAUGCAUUAGCAAGAGUCUUAUAUGCAUCGGGCUGCCUCAUUUUUCUUUGGACAAUGUAUUUUUUAUGUGUUUGAUUUUAUUUUGUUAUCAGAUAGCUAUGAACCAAAAUUUACUAAAAUUUCAUGAUAUCCAGCUCGCUGGAGUUGUGGCUAUUGAAAUGACUGGGAGGGCCAACCAUCGACUUUGUUCCAGGAAGACAGGAUUCAUCAGUUUGCCCAAGAGAAGGACGACUUCCUGAUGCUAAGCAAGGUGCGCCCCAUCUGAGAGCCAUCUUUUACAGGAUGGGUUUGUCAGAUAAGGAUAUUGUAGCACUUUCUGGCAGUCACACACUGGAAGGGCUCAUCCUGAAAGGUCAGGAUUUGAAGGUGCCUGGACAAGCGAACCCCUCAAAUUUGAUAACUCUUAUUUUGUGGAAGCAACACAAACUCUGAGUUGCUCAAGGAAGAAACCGAGGGACUUCUCAAGCUUCCAGCCGAUGAGGCUCUCUUGGGUGAUCCUGAGUUCAGACACUAUGUCGAGAUGUAUGCUAAGGACGAGGAUCUCUUUUUCAAAGACUAUGCAGAAUCACAUAAGAAACUAUCAGAAUUGGGAUUUACCCCACGAGACACCGAUUCUGCCACCAAAACCAUUGCGAACAGUGCUGUAUUGGCACAAAGUGCAUUUGGAGUUGCUGUUGCCGCUGCUGUUGUGAUCUUGAGUUACCGCUAUGAAGUUACCAGGAGAAAAUGAAUUAUUAGCUCAAGCUCACAUAUAUAAUACAUCCAAAUAUACAGAAAUUAUUGAAGUGAUGGAUUCACUGUAUGCCACAAUUUGAGAUCUCUUUUAUGGUCAUGUGAAAUUGUAAUCGGCUUUAAAGUUUUGGAUGCCAUUUCAGACAAACAGAACUUUCAGAUUUUGAACUUGUGAUGAGCUUAAAGGUGUCAAUAUUCUU